AUACUUAAAUGACAACGGCUUAUCAAAACUUAAGUGACAAAUAAAAUGCAAUGACACUUAACAACAAGCAACCACACUCAACAAUAUACCAAAAAUGUAUUAAAAUGAAGCUGGUAAUAUUAUUUUUGACAUUGAUCCGUAUGGUUACCCAAGGCAUUGAAAACUGUGGAUGCCAUUUGAUCAGCAACCAAAAUGAGCGCACAGCUGACUGCUCAAACCGCUUCGAAAUAAACUAUGACUGCCUCUCGCAUUUUAAACCAACUGAACUGACAUUAAAAAAUAAUGGUUUAACGGAGAUACCACCACAAUUAUUUCACUAUAACUUCAAUAAUGUUCAGCAACUUGAUCUUUCUUACAAUGCGAUUAAGAAUUUGCCUGACAAUUCGAUGCACUUUCUUGAAGACUUAAAGACCUUCAACGUGAGCUGCAAUUCUUUGAAGAAUCCAUUGGAAUUGUUGGCGAUAAGAAACGACGUCGAAAUCUUUAUUGCCAACAAUGUUUUCAAGUGCAAUUGCGAAGAGCCGAAACUCUUCGAACUUAAUGAACGUAUAAAAAAGCAAAAGAAGCAAAAAACAACUUUGUAUUGCCUUCGUGAUGAUCUAAAUGAAACACAGAAGAGUAUUCCUUUGACCGCAAAAUGUAACAAUCCCGAGGAGCCCCAACAACAUUGGAAGCAAAAAGCCAUUCAAAUGGGCAUUGUAGUUAUUAUAUGCGUUGCUAUAUUAAUUUUUGCAAAGAUAAUUCAAGAUGUGUGGUAUGCUUGUCAUGAAACUUAAAAAAUCAAAGAUGUCAGUCAAACUGAGCAGCUGAUCGUGUUAAUAGUUUACCCCUGCUCAGUGCAUAUUUAAUCCUAUAAAGUAUAUACAUCUAUCAUUUCUACCAAUUACCCAAACUUUACUUUCAGCACUGACCACCAGCUACAAAUUCUUAUCGCUAAAAGAAAUAUAUCGGCGUAGAAUUCGUUAUUAAUCUUGUCAGUACUUACAUGAAACGUCUUAUCAAAACUUUAGUGACAAAUUGAUUGCAUUCAUUUAAGCAAGUAAUUCCUGUUAAGUUACAUAUAAUAUAUAUAAUAAUAACAAUAGUAUUCAAAAAAUUUGUCAAAGUUAUUAUAUAAACACUUUUGUAUGCCCGCUUACUAUAAUACAGUACUAUAUAAAUAUACCAAAUGUAGCCUUUGAUAUAUUUAUAUUAUUUUGUGGUAUAUAAAUUUGGUAUAUUUCAAGAAUAAUACCGCACAUAAAGGCAAAACAGCCUUUUUUCAAAAUGGUUAGCGGGUAUCUCACAGUCGGGCACUCUCUUGUUUUCUAUUAAACAAUAAGCUAAUAA